AUGUCUUCCUCCUCAACUUCUCUUCCGUCAAAUGCCAUCAAACUCGAUGGCACCAAUUAUCCUGUUUGGCUUGCCAAAGCUAUUCCCAUCUUACAAAGUCGAAACCUCAUGGGUUAUGUGGACGGGACCAAGCCCUGCCCUGACUAUUAUCUCACUGAUGCUCAAGGAAAAAUAACCUUCACCGUUGAUCCCGCAUAUGACCUGUGGAUUAGAGAGGAUCGGAUGGUCCAAAGUUGGAUCAAUGCCUCGCUUGCUCCCUCUGUUUUAUCUGUUGUGGCUAACUGCACUACUGCACGGAACGCAUGGCUGUCUUUGGAGAAGCGCUACGCUUCUCAAUCUCACAACCCUAAUUCUGCCACUACAGCCACCGCCUUUGCCUCCGUACCUCUUCCAUCAGGACGCGGUGGUUCUCCUCGUUCGGGAUCAACAAGUUUUCGAGGUCGCCGGGUUGCACCCAGCGUUGGUGCUUCUAGUACUGCAUAUGAUAACCCUGGCGGAAAUGGUCAUGGUAAUGGCAAUGUCAGUUCAUCUCGUGCUAAUAGUGCCUCCUCAUCUUUUAACAGUACUACCACUCGUCCUUCUCCAUCUAGUUAUCAAGUGUUCUUGAGUUUCAGAGGCGAAGACACUCGCAAGACUUUUUCUGACCACCUCUACACGGCCUUUGUGAAGGCCGGCCUUCGCACAUUCCGAGAUGACGAUGAACUAAAGAGAGGAGAACAUAUUCAGCCGGAAGUUCUGAGAGCCAUCAAAGAGUCAAAAUGUUUUGUCAUUGUGUUCUCAAAGGAGUAUGCGUCUUCGCUUUGGUGCCUUGACGAGCUCGUGAUGAUCCUCGAUCGCAAGAGGAGCUCCAACUCUAGCCAUGUCGUUUUGCCAGUAUUUUAUGACGUCGAUCCAUCCCAAGUGCGGAAACAGACGGGGAGUUUUGCAACGGCGUUUGCUAGACAUGAAAUGCGUCACUCGUUGGAGACGACAAAGAGAUGGAGGGCAGCGCUUACAGAAGUUGCAGAUGUAGCAGGGAUGGUCUUACAAAACGAAGCUGAUGGGCAUGAGGCGAAGUUUAUCCAGAAAAUUGUUAAAGUGAUUGAAGAUAGGCUAAGUCGCACGCCAUUAAGUGCUGCGCCGCACUUGAUCGGAAUUGACUAUCGAGUCAAAAACAUUAAUCAGUGGUUACAAGAUCAAUCGACUGAUGUUGGCAUUCUGGCAAUUUAUGGGAUGCGUGGAACAGGGAAGACAACGGUUGCCAAAUUUGUUUACAAUUCAAACUUUAGAAGAUUUGAAGCAAGCAGUUUCCUUGAAAAUAUCAAAGGAAGUUCAGAACAACCCAAUGGCUUAGUUCAAGUACAAAAACAACUUCUUACUGAUAUUUUGGAUGGAAGAAAAGUGAAAGUAAACAGUGUAAGUGAGGGCAUAACUAAGGUUGAAGAUGCCAUUAGCUCUAAAAGAAUCCUUCUUGUUCUUGAUGAUGUGGAUCAUAUGGACAAAUUAUUGGAUCUACUACUUGGGAUGAAAGAUCGGUCUUCCCGAGGAAGUAAAAUCAUCAUAACAACUAGCAUUGUAGGGUUGUUAAGAUCUGAUCGUUACCAAAUUAUUAAGGUGCAUGACAUUGGAACCUUCAGGGACAGUGAAUCAUUGGAACUCUUUAGUAGGCAUGCUUUUGGAAAGGACCAUCCCAUUGAAGGUUACAAGGAAAUUUCAAAAAAGGUAGUAAACCACUGCGGAGGACUUCCCUUAGCUCUUAAAACUUUGGGUUCUUCUUUAUCAGGGCAAAGUAUGGUUGUAUGGAAAAGUGCAUUAGAGAAAUUGGAAGCUAUCCGAAAGGAUGAAAUCAUGAAGAAACUUAGAGUAAGCUAUGACUCUUUGCAAGAUGACCACGAUCGAGAUUUAUUCCUUCACAUCGCAUGCUUUUUCAUUGGAAUGGAAAAUGAUGUCAUGGUUAGAAUACUAGAUGGUUGUGGUUUCCAAACAAUUGUUGGCAUUCAAAAUCUCCUGGAUAGAUGUUUGAUAAGAAUUGAUAGAUGUAAAAAGGUGCAGAUGAAUCAUAUGAUUCGUGACAUGGGAAGGGGAAUUGUUGGCUUAGAAUCCGAGCAGUCGGGGCAACGCAGUAGGUUAUGGCGUCAUAAGGAUUCUUUCGAAGUAUUGACAGAAAAUAGUGGUACAGAAAAUAUUGAAGGUCUUAUUCUGGACAUGCGUAUGCACCCUGCAUAUAGUGCUCUUUCAAGAAGGUCAAAUGUUGAGGUAGUCUUGGAAACCAAUGCAUUUGCAAAGAUGAACAAACUAAAGCUGCUCCAACUUAGUCAUGUACAACUCGAAGGAAACUAUCAAGAAUUUCCUAAAGGAUUAAGAUGGUUGAGUUGGCAUCAAUCUCAGUUGGAAAUGUUACCCAUUGAUUUUCCAUUGAAGAGUUUGGUUGUUCUUGAAAUGUGCUAUAGCAGCUUGAGACGAUUUUGGAAUCAGAGAACUGAGUGUCUCCCAACAAUGAAGAUCCUAAAUCUCAGCCAUUCCCAUUAUCUUAAAGAAACCCCUGACUUUUCGUUUGUUCCCAAUCUAGAGGUUCUGAUUCUGAAAGACUGUCCAAGCUUAGUUGAUGUCCAUGAAUCCAUUGGAAAAAUAGAGACACUCACUGAGUUGAAUAUGGAAGAUUGCAAAAAUGUUAGGAAGCUGGACAUUUCUCAGCUAAGAUUCCUUGAAACACUUAUUAUUUCCGGUUGCUCAAAUCUUAACGAGUUUCUGAUGGACAUGAGGAAGAUGAAAUCUCUAAAAGUGUUUCAAGCAGAUCCAAUUCACCAAUUGCUCCAUACCGCAGAGGAUCCAGAGGUUGAACUAGGGCAAGAAAAUAUUCCAGAAAUGUUUUGGACUUCUUACAUACCAAGCAACUUGGUAGAUUUAGGUCUUGGAAAUUGCAAUCUUUCUGAUGAUGAUUUUCCUGCGGCAUUUCGAAACCUGUCCUCAUUGCAAAACCUAAACCUAGGCGGCAACCCUAUUCGCAGCCUACCAGAUUGUAUUAGAGGUCUUAAGAAGCUCUAUACACUUUCUUUUUCUCAAUGCACAAGGCUCAAAUACCUUGUAAGGCUACCCAAGGUUGGAGAACAUAUUGUAAUAUCAGGAUGCACCUCAUUGGAGAAAAUAUCGUAUCAAUCGAUUUCCUAUCGACCCACCCGCUUUGUCAUUGGAUCCAACUGGAAGCUAGCUCUGCUUCAGGGCUGCUUCAAGUUUGAACCCAUUGAUGCAUUUGACGAUGCAGAAAUGAUCAACCUUCUGGGCUUGACCAACUGGGCAUCCAUGCGAAUUAUUACGGACACGACACAUGAUGCGCUUGUCAAUGCUGAGACUGAGAAGAAGCAGCAACCCAUCAAGGGACUGUAUGAAAAUGGUAUAUUCAGCACAUUUCUUCCGGGGGACCAGGUUCCAAAACAGUUCAGCCAUUAUAUGGAUGGGCUCUCAGUAUCUUACACCGUGCCUUUACUUCCCAAUCUCAAGAUCCGAGGCUUGAACGUCUUCGCCGUCUAUACAAAAUCCGACACUCCUUCUAAGUAUAAUUACACUAGGGAUUCAUCACUUAGACCUAUAAUGGGUCAAGUCGACAACAAGACCAGCCGCGUGGCAUGGACAUACGGCCCGUUGUACUACGGCGUCCCGAGCGAUGGAGAGGAUGUGACAUGGCUGAGCCAUUGGAGGUUCGGUGAUCAAGUGCGAGGGGGUGAUGAAGUGGAUUUUAAGGUAUUUCCAAAAGAGGAAAUUAGGGUAAAGAAAUGUGGCAUCCAGGUCGUGUACGAGCAAGGAGAGAAGAGGUGGAAGAGCUACACGGAGGACCCUUUUUAUCCAAAUGUGAUUGCUGGAGAAGCGUCGGUGUAUGGGAUUAAGUGGGAUCGUAAAGGAACAUACUUCAUCACUCACUCUACGCCAGGCCCAACUGCAGAAUAUAUUACCAACCAUUUUGCACCUGAGUUCAAUUACCUAAGGCGCAUCACUUGA